CAUGACCCAUAUGCCCUUGAUCUUCUUCUCUUUUAACACAUUCACAUUUUUCUUCUUUUUAUUCUUCUUCUCUGACUAUAUUCAUCAAAUUCAAAUUGAAAUUUGAAACAAACUAUGUCUCAACAAUCUCAUCUAGAUGAGGUCCGUGCAGGUAUUGAUCAUCAAAUCCUAUUUCCCGACAAUGAACAUGUUAGAAAAUCUCCGGAGACCUUCCUAGAUCUACCUCCGGAGUCUUUUUGGAUCCCUAAGGACUCGGAACAAGAUUGGUUCGAUGAAAAUGCAACCAUACAACGUAAGAGAUCGAUGAAGCUAGGUUUUUUUGGAAAGUCAAAUGAUCAUCAUUCGAAAUCAUUCACUCAUCGUCCUUUCGCCUCGACGUUAAACCAUCAUCAUAAAAAUCAUAAAUCUUCUUCUCUUUUUGCUCUUCCUAAGUCUCAUAAAACUAGCUUGGCCGAUGGAAAUCUCCGGCAGAAUAAGGUACCGACACGUUUAUUCCGAAGCCGGUCUGAACCGGGUAGAAAGGGAGCAACAAAUGUGAGUGAGCCGGGUUCACCUAAAGUUUCUUGUACUGGAAGAGUUAGGUCAAAGAAAGACAGAGGUGUUAGAACCGGGUUUUGGAAAAAGUUAAGGGCUAUUUUUAAGAUCCGGCCGAGAGCAAAAAGUGUGGCCAAUGUAAAUGUUGAACCGGACGGUUCGGUUGGCGUGAAGCGGUUGGAGACUAGUAGCCGGUCAAAGUCAUAGAGCGGCAACUUAUUGGGCUUUACACGUAAGCUUAGUGGGCUCAAUUUGUUGUCUCGUUAGGCCGUGAUUUGAGGCCUAUAAAGCCCAAUAGGUCCACUACAAAUACUAGAAAAAAGUUAUACGGGUCCCACCAUUUUGAUAUUUUCUCAAUUCUUUAAAUUUUAUGAAAUAUAUAUAUAUAUAUAUAUUCAAUUU